GGUGGUGUUGGUGUGUCUCGCUAUUUGGCUUCCACCUGUAAUGGCCCUUGCCUACACGGCGGGUUCACGGUUUCUUCUCCAGCCCUAAAGUUAGGCCCUCCCGCACCGCUCUGCUCAGUUUAACCACUCGGUCGGUCCAUCGCUAUUCGGUAGUCAAAAUAGCAGGUAAACUCUGCAAGUCGGCAACGCUCGAGCGGACCGAGUAUAAAUGCACGCAUAUAUUCCUCUCCCGUCCUCCAUUCCAGGCCAAGCAAGCUGAUGAAGAUUGUGUUCUGACGACCGGAGAAGUGUUCUGCGUGACAUGCCGCGCUCUGCCUUCGAUCUCGUAAACAAUUUUGGGCGUGAUAUUGGAGGAACUGUGAGAAGAGAUUGGGUGUCAUCGUGAGUGGUUAUCACGACGACGUCGCGCUGCUCGUCUUCUAUUCUGCAACAUUUGCCUCGUCGCUGUGGAGUUCAUGAGCGAGAUUAAGGGAAAGAAAGAAAUGGAUCCUGCACAGAUGAUUGCUCCUGUGUUUGGAAUCGCUGCCGCUGCGGCAAUUACGUUCUAUGCCGUGAGCUUCAUGGAGAUGAGCGAGAAAUCUUUUGAAAACCUUGGGGACAAAGAUCUUGAUCAGGUGAAACUGCGGUCUUCACAAUCUGCGAGAGAGAAAAGACGAGGGAAAGACACAGUGAAACAGCAAUCAAAGGAUUAGGACAUACUAUAUCGUUGUAGUGAAAAGGAUUGUCAAUUUCAGGGACUGUAACAUAGAAAAGAGGACAGUUUGCAGAGAGAAGAUAUGUAAAUGCGGCCAUUGCAUGCAUGUUUUAUUGUCGGACAACAUCAAUGUUAGGUUCAAAAUAGUUCUACGGUUACCUGUUUACUUUUUGUAGAGUAGAAACGAGCAUAUAUGGUUUCAUAUCAAGGUUGAUGGUUUAUUAAGGGAUGACGAAGGUUGGCUAUUGUGCCCAUUCAUUGAGUUUGUGAUGGAAUCAAAGAUUCUUUCAAAACAUUUGUAGUCAACCGAAUUUUCUGUUUUGGCCGGUCGCUUGCAUUUGCCCUUAA